AUGGAGGCGCUGAACGGCCCCGGCCCGGGGCCCGGCGACGCGCUGCGGCCGCCGCCGUCUUCGCCCGGCCACCACCACCCGCACGCCGAGAAGAAGCGGCUGCACCGCGCCCCAUCGCCAGCCAGACCCUUCCUCAAGGAUCUCCACGCCCGAGCCGCCGUUGCCGCCAAGCCACCGCCCGCGCCUCCCAAGUCCCCUGGCCUCCCCAGCCGGGCACCCCCAUCGCCGCACCCGGGAGCCCACCCGCCGGCCGCAGGGCUGCUGGCGGCGCCGGGCCGCCUCUCCCGCCGCCCCGCCGCCACGGGGUGCAAGGCCGCCGCUGCCGCCGUCGCGGCCGCGGGCAGGGCGGGUGCCAAGGCCGCCCCUUGCGCCAAGCGGACUGCCCGCGGGCCAGAGCCGGGCCCCGGCGGUCGGGGCGGGGGGCGGCAGCCCAGUGGCGAAGCGGCCCCGCCGCCCGGCAAGGGCAGGAAGGGGAAGCGGGGAGCCCCGGCGGGCAGCGGCCAUGCGGCGGCGGCGCUCGCCCGGGUGGGCCACACGGACAGCAGCUCCGAUCUCUCCGACUGCCCCUCCGAGCCGCUCUCCGAUGAGCAGCGUCUGGCUCCGGCCGCCAGCAGCGACGCCGAGUCCGGCACUGGUUCCAGCGACCGUGAGCCGCCGGCCACUCAGUCAGCCGCCGAGCCGACCCGCACCGGUGCCGGACGCGGAGCCCCGCCGACCACCCGACCCAGCGGGGACCCGCUGCCCGUGCCCUCCGGCGGGGGACGAGUGCCGGGCCGCGGGGAGCCGCCGCCGGCCGCCUCUGAGGAGUUGCAGCGGGAGGUGGAGGAGCUGCGCUCGGAGAACGAGUACCUCAAGGAUGAGCUGGAUGAACUUCGGGCUGAAAUGGAAGAAAUGCGUGAUAGCUAUUUAGAGGAAGAUGUUUACCAGCUGCAGGAGCUCCGGCGAGAGCUGGACCGGGCAAACAAGAAUUGCCGCAUUCUGCAGUAUCGUCUCAGGAAAGCAGAGCAGAAAAGCUUGAAAGUUGCACAAACAGGCCAUGUGGAUGGAGAGCUCAUUAGGAGCCUGGAACAGGAUUUAAAGGUG